AUGACGUUCGCCGAGCUCCGCGCCCUGCACGCCCUCAUCGGCACCGCGCUCGACGACAUCCAGCGCACCUACACCGCCUCCGCCGCUCCCCACCCCCUACACCCGCCCGACGCCGAUCCCGACGGCACCUCGCCGCCCGACUUCCCCUCGCUCUCCGCCCCCUACGACCCGUCCUCGCCCUCCGAAGCGCUCCUCCACGACCCCGCCGUCGCCCGCGCCUGCGCCCGCAUCGUCGCCGCCGCAGGCCAGCUCACCGCCGCCGUCCAGAACCCUUUCCUCACCAUAUGCGACGCGACGAUGACGUACCACCUCCCGGCCUGCAUGCGCGUCCUCGAAGCAUCCCACGUCGUCGAGAUCCUGCGCGAAGCCGGCCCGGACGGUCUGCACGUCGAACGCAUCGCGGCCCGGGUCCCGUAUCCCAUCGACUCCCGCACUCUCGCGCACGUGCUCCGCCUGCUCGCGACGCACCACGUCCUGGCCGAACGCGCGCCGGACGUGUUCGCCAACAACCGGCUUUCGUCGUACAUCGACACGGGCAAAUCCGUAGCCGAGAUCCUGUCCAACCCGGACUCCAAGUACGCCGACACGGACGGCGUCGCCGCUUUCGUAGGGCUCAACACGGACGAGCUGUUCAAGUCCUCGGCGUACCUCGCCGACGCCCUCCUCCGCCUUCCCGAGGACAGACCGCCGACCCGCCGGCCGCAUCAAGAAGGAGAAGGGGAAGAAGGAGGAGAAGAAGGGGAAGAACGCGCGUUGACGUUUUGCUCGCGGCUGCACCGGUUCGGCGCGGCGAUGAGGGGGAGCGCGCGGUGGGAAGGCGAGAGCGGGAUUUUGGACGGUUUUGACUGGGCGUCGUUGGAGCCUGGCGCGCUCGUGGUCGACGUGGGGGGCGGGGUGGGGAGCCACGCGAUGCGGCUCGCGCGCGCGUUUCCGGCGCUGAGGUUCGUGGUCCAGGACCGCGCGAGGGUGUGCGAGAUGGGGAGGGAGGUGUGGAAGGUGCAGUUUCCCGGGGCGGUGGAGGGGGGUAGGGUCGUGUUUCAGGGACACGACUUUUUCGACGAGCAGCCGCGCGUGGCGAGGGAGGCGGAUGUGUUCUUGCUCCGGGUCAUUACGCACGAUUGGCCGGAUGCGGACGUGAGGCGCAUCCUGGGUCGGUUGAGGGAGGUGGCCAAGCCCGGCGCGAGGCUCGUAGUCGGGGAGCACGUUCUGGGCGAGGCUUGCCAUCUCGGCGGGCGAGGAGCAGACGGUGCAUGGGACUGGCCUCUGCUCGCGAAUGGUGGAAGGGCGAGCGCGUGUGGGCAUUAUAUGGACAUGACGAUGCUCUCCAUGUUCAACGCGCAGGAGCGUACCGCACGCGAGAUGCGGGCGUUGUGGGCGAGUGCGGGGUGGUGCGUUGGGGAGGUGAGGAGGGCGGCGGGCAAUGGCGGGUUUGGAUAUAUCGUGGCGGAGCCUGCGGUCGAGCUGCAUCAGGGACGUCUUUAG